CCUAAAUAGAGCCCAAUUUGAGGUGAGGAUUGUUGUUAUGUGCGCAAAAUUAAUGAUAAGCACUAAUUAACAGUUACAACAAAUAUCAUCAGUUGUGUGUCGCAGUGCAAGUAAUCAGCCAUCUAAUAGUCUAGCCAAGCCAUUGCCUACCACGCCAUCAAAGCUCUGGCUCUAUCAGUUUAAAUUCAAUCAAGAUGGCUUCUGGAGGCUCUGACUCUGACCUUGACUUCAGCUCAGCUCCUGAAGACCUACCUUCCAACGUGCCCCUACCAGAACAUGACGGCCUACCUCAAACGGGCCCCAAGGGCGUACUCACCGACUACUACCGCACUCAACAGUCAGAGCGCCGGAAGGAGAUUCUGGCAAAGAAUAAGAGACAAGAAAUCAUUGAGAAACAUUCGGCAACUGUCAUGAGUCAUUCUGAGGAGACUGCCCUGAAACAGGGAGAGAGUGAAGAGAGAGCCAUGACUAACUUGGCGAUGGCAUUGGAAGGUGGUGCUCUACAUGAGGACCCGUUCCUGCAAGAUUACCGAGCCAAGAGAAUGGAACAGAUGAAAAAUGAGGUCAAAAAAGGUGGAAGAAGGCAACGAUUCGGCAACCUGGUCGAAGUGAGAGGUGACAAAUACGACCACUACAUUGAGAACUCUCCACCUCAAACUUUUGUCAUCAUGCACAUCUACGAUGAGUUUGUGUCAGUGUGCUUGUACCUGAACCAGCGACUUACUCAGAUGGCAAAGCUCUAUCCUACAGCUCGAUUUUGCCGGGUUCAAGCAGGACAGGUCGGAGUCAGUCCUGCAUUUAUCAGCAAAGGACUGCCUGCUCUGCUGGUGUACAGAGGAGGUGAUCUGGUGGGCAACCUCCUCCGAAUAACUGAUCAACUUGGAGAAGGCUACUCCAAUGAAGAUUUGGAAGCAUUUUUGCACGAGAAAAAUUGCCUCCCCCCUGAGUCGGAGAAAGAAGAAGGAGCUCUACUGCCAAAGAACAUUCUAGGAAUAUCGAAGAAACGACUCUCUAGCUCUGACUCGGACUAGCUAGCAAUUUUUAGCCGUUUAUGUUCGUGCUCGUCUGCUCAGUCCACCACUGUAAUCUGUAGUCUCACAAACGAAAAUUUCUUCUAUACAAUCCCUUAAUUUAUUGAUAGUGUCACUCCGUGUGUGUGUGUUGCAAUUCAUUUUAUGGUGGAACUUUUUGUGUUGAGAA